AUGGGUCACAGGCAACAGCAGCUGAAAGCUGCAAAGUCAAGUAUCGAUGCCCCUGAUAUUUUCUUGAUCCACCGGUACUAUCACAGAACGACAGACCUAAUGACUAUGGCGGAUGGCGGUUAUGACCCAAUGGGGCACAUCCAAACGGGUCGUCCACACGCUUACUACCUGUACCAGGUGGCGGCCGCUGCUCUGGAGCAGCAAAAUCAGCAGCACCAACAACAGCAACACCAGCAACAGCAACAGGAUCAAUCGACCGAGGAACAGAUUGCGACUCGCUCACGUCCUCCGUCAGACGAUGGGCAUGAAAACAACAACAAUCUGCCAGCAGCGGCCAAUAACAACCUGUUCCGAUCGGAACAAAAGAAACACAAACGGAAACGACUGUCGGCGGUGUUGGACAAACUGCACAAUGGUAGCGGAACGGUGGUCAAUCACAACAACAACAACGUUGGGGAAGCGCAAAACUUCAAGGUCAAGUGUACUGAUUCACGCUCCAGUGCCGAAGACUGUGCCGAAGAUGUGUUUCCAUAUUCUGCCAGUCCUCGGAUCAGCAUCAGCCCGCUGCGGUUAAGCGAAGUUGAUGAGAACAAUCCCCUUCAACAGAGGACUUCACACCAGCAGCAUGCACUACCUCAUGAUCAGCAACUGCCAUCACCUUCGCACAUUUCUCGCCAAACCAAGUUAGAUUCCCCGCAGCAACCGAUGGUGCCAUUGCAACCGUCACAGAUCAAGCAGGAACAGCAGCAGUACCUGUACAAGCAGCUCCAGUACUUCAAUCCUCUCGCCUUUUUCAAUUAUCUUCCGGAACCGACCAAACUGCUUUAUCAGCAGUUUGCCCGUCAGCGCAGUCAUUCCGAUUCAAAUCUUCAACUCCAACUCCAGCAGGAGCAGCAACAGCAACAACAACAACAACAACCAUCACCACAACAGCCACAUCAUCAACUAAAUCCACCCAAGAAAAAGAAGUCAGGCCAUGCGGGGCGAGCGUCACAGCGCCCACCAACGACCAGCAGCCGAAGUAGUAACGCCAGUAGCAGCAGUGGCCAUCAAGACCUGCAGGACCAACCGCUUGAUUUGUCGAUGAAGUCGACAUCACUGCUCGAAUCGACUAGUCUUUUUGUCUCGCCUGUGAUCAAGAAAGAGCCCAAUUUGGCCGACAGCCCACCACCGGACUCACCAUCAACACCCGCCUCCAUAGGUACAUCUAAGCUGGUUUUGAAACGGGAAGCCAUGCCGGACAUACGACGGUCGCCCGCUUUCGAACAUCUCAACGGUCAUGUACCGCCCGGCUUCAACUUGAACGUUUCGCCUGUUGUGGAGGAGAUGCCUCCAGGCUCGGACGUUGCCUACAUGUGUCCUGUGUGUGGUCAGCUAUUCUCGCUCCAAGAUCGACUAGCGAAGCAUAUGGCCUCGCGGCAUAAAAGUCGUACCGGUGCUACGGACAUCACCAAAUCCUACAUGUGUGAGGUCUGCCAACGAUCGUUUGCCCGAUCAGAUAUGCUAACGCGACACAUGCGUCUGCAUACAGGAGUCAAACCGUACUCCUGUAAAGUGUGUGGCCAGAUUUUUUCCCGCUCGGAUCAUCUAUCAACGCAUCAGCGCACGCACACUGGCGAAAAACCUUACAAGUGUCCGCAAUGCCCGUACGCGGCCUGUCGCCGUGACAUGAUCACCCGUCAUAUGCGUACCCACACUCGCUUUGAUCAACGCGGUGGCAGCAACGGAGGAGGCUCGAGCGGAGGCAGCACCAGCCCGUCGAUGGACCAGAAGCCAAUUUUGCUGCCGUUGCUCGGCACGGGCCGUGCCAUUAAAAAGGAGGCCAGUUUCGGCGGUGUCGGCGGUGGUUUCGUUCUGGAAACAAAGACUGAAUCGUGA